GGUUUUUACGAGCCCUCCAAUUGUCAGACUUUUAUAUCGAUGUUUAAGCCGGAAAGCGGUUACGUCGAACGGUGGUUGCAGACGAGACGUUCGCCAUACAAUUGUUUUAAAAGGGAAACGACUGGCUAGCUCUUUUUCUUCAAACGCGAGUGUCGUGAACAUAGCGGAACACAAUGCGAGACGAAAAGCAUUCUAAUCGUAUUAACGAGGCUACAAGUGUCUAUUUCCUGCUAGGAGGUCAGAGACGAAACAAGCAACUCGAUUGUAGACGCGUGCGCGCGCUUCUUCAGAUCCUCAUGUUUGCACGCGUGCAGUUGCCGCGUGCAACCAGCUUGCAGUUUUAACACGAACGUUCGUCGUGUUUCUCUCACAAAGUGUCUCUCAUCGUUGCUUCUCUUUUUCGUCAGCCAUUGUUUGAUCUCGCUUUCGUUUAAGGAAAACCAGAUUUUCGAUGACGAUGUUUCAACUUAUUUAUGGGUCUUGUCUUAGAUGAUGAUGUACAAGCAGGCCGAGUUCGAGGACGAGGACAGCAGUAGCAUUGGUUCCGUAGCUUUGAACAGCGAAGGCAUCAGCACGUCGGCCACGCACAUCAGAUACAAUUCGGGAAUCUCGUUGUGGAGAGCUAGGAGCUUGCUCGAAAGAUGUCUUUUUAUCAUUUGCGUGGGCCUUUUGAUCAUGGUCGUGAUGCUGUCGAUAAUCAUCAGCAGCAAAAACGGCUGGGAAGAAGCGCAAAUACUUCGUGUCACUUCGCACGAGGAAGUGGUUGAUUUUGUUUUAGAUGGUACACACUGUUUAACCGAGCACUGUGUCACGGUGGCUGCUUCCAUUAUAAAUAGCAUAGACCAUUCGGUCGAUCCAUGUAACGAUUUUUACGAGUACGCGUGCGGUGGUUGGAUCAAGAAGAAUCCCAUACCAGAUGGAAACAGCAUGUGGGGAACGUUCGAUAAGUUCGAGCAAGACAAUCAGCUGGUUGUAAAGAAUGUUCUUGAAAAACCAUUCGCCGAAAUGAAAUCGAAGGCCGAGAAGAAAGCAAAAUAUUAUUUCCUCUCGUGUAUGGACGCAAACGACACGAUCGAAUCGCUUGGCGCGAAACCAAUGCUGGACUUGUUGGAUUCUAUCGGUGGCUGGAACAUUUCUGGGAAAUUCAAUCUAAGCGAGUGGUCGUUGCAAAACAGUAUGCAUAUUCUGCAAAAUGUUUACAAUAUGGAUGGUUUAUUUACGUGGGCGGUAAACGAAGACGAUCGAAAUAGUAGCAGGCACAUUAUACAAAUCGAUCAAGGAGGUUUGACGCUGCCAACCGCCGACGAUUACCUGAACGUCACCGAACACAGUAAAGUGUUGGCCGCGUAUUUGGAAUACAUGACGAAGAUAGGCGUGCUGCUUGGCGGAGAGGCGAAUUCGACCAGAAAACAGAUGAACGAUGUGAUAAAGUUUGAAACGGAAUUGGCGCGGAUCAUGACACCGCCGGAGGAUCACCGAGAUAAAGAAAAGCUUUACAACUUGAUGUCUUUGGAUGAAUUGCAAAAUAACGCGUCUUUCAUGUCCUGGGUAGACUAUUUUCAAAAUGCGACGCAACUCGUUAACAAAAAAGUAACCGGCCAGACAAAGAUCGUGAACUUUGCUCCAGAAUAUUUCGUUAAAUUGUCCAAGCUGGUAUUAGAGUACAACAAAACGAACGAUGGGAAAGUGAUACUGAAUAAUUAUCUGGUUUGGCAAACCGUGAGAUCUUUAACUGCCUGCCUGUCGAGACCGUUUCGCGACGCUUACAAGGGGCUGAGGAAAGCUUUGAUCGGUUCGGAAGGCCGCGAGGAGCAAUGGCGUUAUUGCGUCAGCGAUACGCAUAACUCGAUGGGUUUUGCGAUCGGUGCGAUGUUCGUUAGAGAAGUUUUCCAUGGAAAGAGCAAACCCAUGGCGGAGAAGAUGAUCGAUCAAGUGCGCAAAGCUUUUAUCAAGAAUCUGAAAAAUCUCGAUUGGAUGGACGCGGAAACGAGAAGGAAAGCCGAGGAGAAGGCGAACGCGAUUACCGAUAUGGUCGGCUUUCCUGAUUUUAUUUUACGUCCAAAUGAACUCGACGAGCGUUACAAGGACUUAGUAGUUAAACAAAACGAGUACUUUCAAAAUAAUAUACGGGUGAAUAAGUAUAAUUUGCGGAAAAAUCUAGAGAAGCUCGAUCGGCCUGUGAAUAAAACUACUUGGAUAAUGACACCUCCCACGGUGAAUGCUUAUUACUGGCCUACGAAAAAUCAGAUGGUUUUUCCCGCUGGUAUCCUACAAAGUCCAUUCUAUGACAUGGAGAAUCCUAAUAGCUUGAAUUUUGGUGGUAUAGGAGUAGUCAUGGGACACGAACUGACCCAUGCAUUCGACGAUCAAGGAAGAGAAUACGACUUGCACGGAAACUUGCAUCAAUGGUGGAACAACGCUACGAUAGAGAGAUUCAAAAAUAGAACAGAGUGUUUCGUGGAACAGUACAGCAAUUUUGAGAUACAUGGUCGACACGUAAACGGACGACAAACUUUGGGAGAAAAUAUUGCGGACAAUGGUGGUCUCAAAGCAGCGUAUCACGCGUAUCUUUCAACGCCGAGAAGCUACAAAGAUCAACUACCUUUACCUGGUCUUAAUUUGACGCAUCGACAAUUAUUUUUCGUGAAUUUUGCUCAGGUUUGGUGUUCCUCCGUGAUGUCCGAGGCGAUAGCUCUCCAAAUCGAGAAAGAUUCCCAUUGUCCACCAAAAUACAGAGUGAUAGGGUCACUCUCGAAUCUGCCGGAGUUCGCAUCUGAAUUUAACUGUCCCGAAGAAUCGCGAAUGAAUCCGAUUCACAAAUGCGAAGUGUGGUAA